AUGAACAUCAAAGGCGUCGUCGUCAAGGAAAACUUUACCGAGUUGCUCACCCCGCCUGCUCCAAUCGAAGAGUCGGAGGGCGGCAAUCGCGUCUUGGUGGGCGCCAAGAAGAACCGCCCCAGAAACGCAGUGUUUUCCCUCAUCGUCUUUCCGCUCGUCCCUGGCGCCGUCAAAACCUUGGGCGGCUUCUUAGGGCUUAGCGCAAACUUACCGAAUCACGAGCUGUGGAAGGCUCAGACCGUCGAGGAGGGGUACAGGUUGUUCGAGGACAACUUCCCGCAGGCCAAAAUCCGCGAGUGCAUUUCGGAAGAGCAGAUGGCCACCUUCGUCCAGACGCGUCCGUCCGUGUUUUGCCCCAUCACUAGACGCGAUUCCCUCGCAUUUCGCGUGGGAGAGCCGGCGCAGGGCGGCGUUUUGGUUAUGGGAGAUGCGGCUCACAGCUUCCCACCGGAUCUGGGGCAAGGCGUGAACUCGGCGUUUGAAGACGUGGCCGUCUUUACCGAUUUGUUAGAUGGCUUUUCGAACGACACUUCCUUGGACACGGUGCUCAAGGAGUACGAGGCGAGACGCGAUGCCGAUACUACGGCGCUGACAAAGAUCGCGCGAGUCGCCGCGCCAUACCAGUAUGGGCAGAAUAAGCUAGGGAGUAUGCUCUCGGUAUUCAACCGAAAUGGGAGAGACAAGUUAACCAAGCUGCUUCCCAACUUUUUCUACCCGGCCAUGAUCACACUCGUCUAUUCCGAUAUACCGUACUCUUGCAUUCUGUCACGAACGAAUGCAACGACGCUGCGCAUCUGGCUCCUCGCGGCGUCGUUGGUGGUCGGGCCUCUUGCCAGCGUGCUGUUCCUCUCCGGCUUGGCCCAAUGAGCGCAUCUCUCCUCGGACGGAUCAUCGCAUCCGCAGCCAUCCGGGACAGAGAACCGGGCGGGGGACGAUCAUCCUUCUGUCACGGAUAGGUGGUUUUGUCGAUUCUAGCUCUUCGACAUCUCGCUCGUGAACGUGGCAAGAUGCUUCGGCGGGGUGCGCGAAAAGACCCAUAGCAUCGUCGCACGUGUCGAAACUCGAAGGACUUUAUAAACAGCCGACGUACGGAAGAGCUGGAUGCGUGCGAAGUUGUGCGUGCGUGCUGGAUCCACGAAUGAUCAAAACGAGUGAUUUGGAUGCGCGCUUAGAUAGGUUGGGUGAAACGAGUGUGCAUUUCGUACAGUGCACAUGCCCGGUAAGCAGUUUUUUAUCUCAUUUUAUUGAACAUUCCUACACACGAAGCAGUUUAGGCCUGGAUCAUUCUCCUGUCGCGAAA